AUGGGCAAUAUUCUCCGCCAGGUUGCGAAGCAUGCUGAUGGCAGGUCGAACGAACCGAUGCCAGCUUCAUCCGAACUGGAGAAGGAGCUUCCCCGUUACAUUGCAGAACACAACAUUGCUGACCAAAGGGUUUCUGUUUGGGCCCUGGUCGAGAAGCCGGGUACCGACUUUGUACCCAGCGCAACUUCUACUCAGGAUCGCCUCGUCCAAUCAAUUCAGGCUGGUGGUAAACUUCACCGUGUUAUGAGUGGUGGAGGGGGAUGGGGUAAAAAGCAAGGACUGCUGUCAUUGGAUCCCGAGAUAAGCUUUCUGGAAGCAAAAGAAUACGGAGAGCUGUCAGUCCUUGAUCAUUUAUUCCCAGGUGAUGGCAGGACCCCGGUCCACGAGCCACUGCCCUUUGAGCAGCCUACAAUGGCAAUGGACGAUCUGUCUUCGCUGUCACAAGUUGCUAGUCCAGGCGACUACAUUCAAUUCUUCGUUUCUGUUGAGCCAGGCUACACGCACAGUGGCCUUCGAACAUUGUCAGAGCUACCUCAAGGGAGCGUUUCGUUUCGUUUCGGUAUGGUUUCUGAUGCAGAUAUGCCGGCAACCGAGGCUACUGAGCAAAUAGAUCUGAUAGCCGUUCCUCGCUAUUUUGGCGCUCUAUCAGAGAAAGCAAUCACAUACUUCCAGCCCAAGAUUGAGGCAAACUCCAAGGGAGGUGUGCUUGGAACCAGCACCAAGUGUGAUAUUCCUGGAAGUCGAAUUGAGAUGACUUUGGCAUGA